AUGCGCUUCUGGUGGCCGGACUGGCAGCCCCGGGAGCGCUCGCCGUCCACCGACAGCGAGUGCUCCACGGCCAGCCACUCCAGCCUCGCCAGCGACGCGUCUUUCUAUAGCGCGGCCAGCGACGGGGCUGGGGCGGCUGAGCUGGCGGACGUCCGGGCGGGGGCGGAUCCGCUAGGGCUUCGGUUACGCAUUGGGGAUCCGCCCGCCCCCGUUUUGGGCUCGGCCGGAGCCGAAAAUGGCCCCGGCGACCCUCCACGCGCGGCGCCGCUGCUCGGCACCGGCGAGGAGUUGGCCGGCGCAACUUCGGGCACGGGUCCGCGACCCGCUGCGCCCAUUGCGCCCAUUGCGGGACCGCGGGCCGGGCCCUCUGGCGGCCAAGCCGAGGCCCGGUCCGCCGCUUCAACCUCGCGUCGCUUCGCGGCGACGGCGAGCGGACGCGGGCCCGCGGACCCGAAUGCCCAUGCCGACCGCCUGGCCAAUCGAGCCCUCGACCUCCGCCGGACGAUGAUGGAGUGCGGCGCUCACACGGCAGGCGACGGCUGUACGAACACGACGCUGGACCCUAUGCCCGUGCUGCCGCCCCAGCCGACACCCCGCGCUCCGCCCCCGACACCCGCGGCCGACACCAACAUCGAGAUGCAGGAGCCGGAGGACGAGGAUCUCGCCGACAUCGACGACGGCGAGGUCUAUGCAGCCAUGCGCAUCGGGCCGGACGCAGUUCCGCAGCGUCGACCCCGCCUCCGACUACGCCAGCUCACCGAAGCUGAGGACGACGCUGCCCGCGAGAUGGUGGAGCGGCUUGGCGCGACGCUGGCGGCCAAGAUCACUGACGCCAGUGACUGGGAGUCGGCGGAGGGCUACAUCACAGCCCUCCCGCACCUCCUGUACGACAAAUUGCAGCCGUACUCCCAGGCCCAGCGACGCCCCGAGCCGCGUCCCCAGCGUCAGCGACAGCAGCACCAAGGCAGCCAAUGCCCGCGGCAGCAGCGGCAACAAGGCGAACAGCGACGGCAGCGCCCGCUGCACGACCAAGGGCAGGACCGCCGCAGCCUGGAAGGCGAUGCACAUGGCGACAACGAGCGCGAUGGCGACGCCAGUCAGCAGGACUCGGCGCGACGGAGGCAGUGCAGGCGCCGCGGGCGCUCUGGUGCAGCGAAGCGGCGACGUCGCCGCCGCCCGCCGCGGGUGACUCGACACCACCGCGAGCACCGCCUCGACGAGGCCUUGGACGACCUCCACGCCGUGGAGCAGGCUUCGCCCGGAGACCGCACGGCUGUUCGCCGAGCCCGCCGCCGCGUCGGCCGCGUCAACUCGGCCAUCGACCAACAGCACCUGCGUCACCGACAUCCUGGCCAAGGCACGCGCGCAGCAGGAGACGCCAAGGACAGCGGCCUCCAGCGCCGGCACCGCAUCGGACCUAGCGGCGCCAGCGGCAGGCGCCACAGACGACGGUACCUGCCCCAUUCCGGGCGAUGA